AUGGCUUCAGUAUUCAUGUGUGGAGUCGAAGACUUUCUAUUCAGUGGGAGCCGGUUCAUUUGGAAUUUGACAGUCUCGACGUUAAGGACGUGGUACACGCAGAGAGUGAGGGGAUGCCACCAAGCCCUGAGAACAUGGUGUGGCAUAAGGGAUGUUUAUCAGAUGACAGAAGGGAGACACUGUCAGGUGCAGCUUCUGGAUGAUAGGAAGUUGGAGCUGCUGGUUCAGCCUAAACUUUUGUCGAGGGAAUUGUUGGAUCUGGUAGCUUCACAUUUCAACCUCAAAGAAAAAGAAUAUUUUGGGAUAACGUUCAUUGAUGACACAGGUCAGAAUAUUUGGCUUCAGUUAGAUCACAGAGUCCUGGAUCAUGAUUUGCCCAAGAAACCAGGUCCAGCCAUGCUGUUUUUUGCUGUCAGGUUUUACAUCGAAAGCAUUUCCUUUCUGAAGGACAAGACCACAGUAGAGCUUUUCUUCCUGAAUGCAAAGUCCUGUGUGCAUAAGGGGCACAUUGAGGUGGAAAGCGAGACUGUCUUCAGAUUAGCCUCUUUGAUUUUACAGGAAGCUAAAGGGGACUACUCCAGUGAUGAAAAUGCAAGAAAAGAUCUAAAGAACUUGCCUGCUUUUCCUACUAAGACUCUGCAAGAGCACCCUUCACUUGCUUAUUGUGAGGACAGAGUCAUUGAGCAUUAUAUAAAAAAUAAGGGGCUGACCAGAGGACAAGCGAUCGUUCAGUACAUGAAAGUGGUUGAAGCUCUGCCUACAUAUGGAGUCCAUUACUAUGGAGUAAAGGAUAAACAAGGAAUCCCCUGGUGGCUUGGAAUCAGCUAUAAAGGAAUUGGCCAAUACGAUUUACAAGAUAAAGUCAAGCCUAGAAAAUUAUUUCAAUGGAAACAGCUGGAGAAUCUCUAUUUCCGUGAGAAGAAAUUUGCUGUUGAGGUGCAUGAUCCCCGCAGAAUUUCAGUGUCAAGAAGGACUUUUGGACAGAGCGGACUUGUAGUGCAAACCUGGUAUGCAAACACUUCUCUGAUCAAAUCCAUCUGGGUUAUGGCCAUCAGUCAGCAUCAGUUUUACUUGGACAGAAAACAAAGCAAAGCAAAAAUUCCCUCAGCCAGAAGCUUGGAUGACAUUGCAGUGGACCUGACAGAGAUGGGAACACCAAAGGUUUCAAAACUAGCAGCUCUGGAAGCAAAGAAUCAACUUAUCAUGGCCAGCAAUGGCAGCUUAAUUUCCUCAGGAUCUCAAGAUUCAGAGGUCAGUGAAGAGCAAAAGAAAGAGAAGAUACUGGAACUGAGAAAGAAAGAAAAGCUUUUACAGGAGAAGCUUCUGCAGAAAGUUGAGGAGCUGAAGAAAAUCUGUCUGCGGGAGGCGGAGCUCACUGGGAAAAUGCCAAAGGAAUACCCUCUGAACACAGGAGAGAAACCUCCUCAGGUCCGAAGGCGUGUAGGCACAACAUUCAAAUUGGAUGGCAACCUGCUUCCCAGCGAGGAGGACCCAACUCUGCAAAAUCUGGAGAGCAACUUUUUCAUACAGCAAAAGCUGGUGGAAGCAGUGAAAAAACUUGCUGGCGAGCCAGACCUGUGCAAAAACGUGAAGAAGAAAAGGAAGCAGGAGUAUGUGGAGGCUGUCAAAAAGCUUCAGGAGAUUGAAAAUGCCAUUAAUGAGUAUCGGAUUAAAUGUGGGAAGAAGCCCGCACAGAAGUCAACCCUGACUUUACCAGAAGAAACCAUUCCAUCUGAGAGCAGCUCAUUGUCUGAUACAACAACAUUUGAUGAUGGCACUGAUUCCCUGGGCGUACCAGCACAUAGAAUAAGCUCUGUCCCCCUUUCUCCUAAAACCCCACCUCCAAAAUCUCUUGGGGUGGAAAGAGCACAUCUCAGGAAAUCUUCCAUGAACGAACAGCUCCUGGAAUCCAGACACUCCAGAGAUACCUUGUCGACCCAUAGCAGCCCAUACAGAACAGCGGAGUGGCAGCAUCCUGGUGGACGGAGUAUGCCCACAACACCCGUUCUCACACGCAAUGCGUACAGUAGCACUCACUUGCAGCCAGACGUAUCCCCACAACACUGCAGGCAGCGUAGUGGCAGCUUAGAGUCUCAAACUAACUUGCUUGCCGAGACGACCAGUGAAAAGCCAGUGUUCACCCUUUCAAAAUCGCAGAGAAGCAGCAGUACAGAAAUCCUGGAUGAUGGGUCCUCCUACACCAGCCAGUCCAGUGCAGAAUACUACUGUGUGACUCCAAAUCCAAGCCCUUACUACACCACCCAGACCCUUGACAACCGUACGAGAAACAGGAGACGCUCCAGGAAACAGAACAUGUCUGCUUCCAAUUCAGGAAGCAUGCCAAACCUGGCCCAGAAGGAGAUCCGCAAUGGUGUCUACCCAAAGGACCAAGGGCAGCCCCCAGCCAACUGCUACCUUUCUGGUUAUGCCCCUUACACGGAAUGUGAUGUGUAUUAUAACAGUGGCUACGUGUAUGAGAACGGGACGGAGGGCCAGUACACCGUCAACCCUUCCUACCGCUCAUCAGGACACUAUGGAUAUGAGCGCCGCUACCGGGAGUUCAGGUCUUUCCAUGAAGAUGAAAUGGAGAGAGUGCCACACAACCCUUACGCCACUCUGCGCCUGCCACGGAAGCCUCCUGUGAAACCUGAGCACAUCACCAAAAAUAUUCACAAGGCCUUAGUAGCGGAACAUCUUCGUGGCUGGUACCAACGUGCCUCUGGGCAGAAGGACCAGGCUCUUGGCCUGCAGGCAGGCUUUGAGGUUGACAGAGGGUCGCAGAGGAACCUGGGCUUUGCAGGGCUGCAGGUACCAUGUUGUCCGAGCAGCCGUGUAUCGUCUUUCUCUUCAGCAUCUUCUGGGAACUGGCGAAAUCAGAUUUCACCAAGAUUUUCUGAUUACGACACACUGUCUCAGUCCUCUUAUGCCAGCUCUUAUGGGAAUGUGUAUGGCAGCCACUCACUGCAGAGCAGGAUGUAUGCUGAGUCCAGCCCAUUGGGUAGUAAUGAGAGGAACCAGUUGGAAGGCGAUCUGCAAGAGAGCGAGCAGAGGCUGUUGUGGCAUGAGGAUUCGAAGCCUGGGACUUUAGUAUGAACCUCUCUUCUGCUUCUAUAACCCCACGUGCCUUGCACCUUACACUGUUCCUACACAAACAGGCUUCCAGGAACAACUCAAAAAGGAGGACCAGGAUGGGAAGAUAGAAUGCCUUCAGCGAGCGAAAAGCUGCAAGAUCUCAUCCAGGCUAGCACAAUAGUAAUAAAUCCAAGUCACUCCAACACGGAAGGGGAAUGUUGACGUAAAUCUCCUAUCACACAAUGCAACUUUUGGCUGAAGUAUUUUUGCAAAGCACUUUUUUUACAAGAUAGAAUGCUGUUGCCAUUAGAAACUUCCAAAAAUGUGAAAAGGAGAAUCUUGUGACAAUUUUAGGAGCACAAUUGAGAGAAAGAGAGAGAGGGAGAAUUGCAGUGUUGGAGUCCCUCCUGCCACAGUUCCUGCCGAUGUUUUUGUCAUCUGUUGAAGGAUACAUGAGCCUGUGAAUGGAGCAGAAGGUUGACUUUCAGCUGCAGCACUACUUGAAGGAUGGUCAGGUUUUCGUACAGUAUUUUGAAUGAGGUUAAAGGUAUUUUAAGGUGUGCUGUCCUGAAUGUAAGCACGAGGGAAAUGCCAGAAGGAGAGAGCGGCUGCACACUGCAGUGUACCAGAUAAAACAGCCUGCAGAGUGGUUGUUUUGGGGGACGUGGGAUUAGGCAGCUGCAAACAGAUUUUAAGAUGUUUUAAACAUGUAAUUUUUCACACUUUUCCUGUGGUAUGUUUCCAUUUAUGCAAGGAUGCAUGCUGUUUGAAUGUGGAAAUGCACUGAAAAAGUAUUUGGGGUGCUUCCAGACAAUGCCUUUAUUGUGCAAUCGCCUUGCCUCAUUCAUGGAUUUCUACUGGGGUUCCAAACAACAAUGUCUUCCACUUGUAAUCCUCCUGUAAGUUCCCACUGUUUCUUCCAUCCUUUUUCUUUCCACAAAACAAACAAACAAAUGUUAAGGAAGAAAAGCCAGAUAGCUGCAUGUUUCUGUUUGCUUGGUGGUGCUACGACUGGAGGCAUCCUCGGUUUCGACAAGUGUGCAACAAAGAAAACUUCCAGUGCGACAAGCGAUCUAAUGCACUCAACAAUUUGGUUCAUGUUGGCCAGUAUUAUUCUCUCUUUUAAGAUGAAUGCAAAUAUAAUACCAAAUGGGUGCCUUAAAAUCAAAGGGCAUUAAAAGAGUAAAAUGAGUUUUCCGAAAAGCAGUUACACCGUUCAGCUGAAGAACUGAGGAGCACAGCAGAGGAUUAUUGUGUGGCAGCUCUCCUGGAGUUAACCCAUUUUCCAGAUGUGAACAGUGUGGAUCAUCAGUCGGUCAGAAGAAAGAAAUUGCAGGAAAGAUGUACCAGAGGCUGAACUAAAUUGAUGUCUGACAGUAAGGAACAACGUUUUGUGAUUCCGUUCCUAAAUAAAUGUGUGUCUGCCCUGCUCUGGAAUCCACGUAUCUAAUUCAGGAAUCAAUGCCUGUUUCCAUGUGUGGAUUGAGUCCUAUAGAUCAGGACAACCAAGUUUUCAGUGAAUUCGAAUAUUGGUUUUGGUGCAAAAUCAACUGCAGGUUUGUUUUCCUAAGAGGGAUUAGCCUACCUCAUACCACCUACCUGUAGGAACAAAUUAGCUUACAAUUACCUAGUGUAAAUUUGCAGACUGUAAAACUAUAUUUUUGUUUCUCACCUGUUCUCAACUUCAGGAUUCUAUACAAUGGUGCUGUUUGGGGAUCUUUUUUUAACAUAGGACACAUCACUCCUUGUUCAUAUUGUGAAUAGAAAUGUUUCUGGAAAAAAAUGGAUCUUUUUUUACUGAUAAUUCUAAAGCAUGUAAGAUAAUUGUAUACAGAGAGAGAGAGAGAGAGAGAGAGAGAGAGAGAGAGAGAGAGAGAGAGAGAGAGAGAUUCCAAAUUUGUCAAGCUGGUCCUUAGUCAUUUGUAUUAUUAGAGUUUGGAAUAAACAUGGAAAAUUGAAAAAAAAUAAUUUAUUUCUUUUGUGCAUAUAUGUAUAGUCUUUUAGAAACAAAAACUUUUUUGCUUUAUUCUUUUACUGCACCUGACUUUUUAAAGACCUAUGGUUUUGAAUAGGUCAAUAAAGUUAAAAGUAUACUAAA